AUGAAAAGGGCUGCGUUUCACUUUAGAAAAACUAAUAACCACACAGUGUACUAAUCCUAAAUAUAGGGAAUGAUAUUUUUUAUAGAAAAAUAAAAAAAUGAUAAAUCAAGAUUAUCAUCAAUGAUCUUCUAAUCAUGUUAAACACUUAUUAUGAUAUCAUAUUCGGUAAAAAUAAUCAUCUGUCGAUGCUAUAUGAGUACCUUUGAUUUUUUAAAUUAUGUGUUAAUAUCUAGUAUGAGUUUUGAAUAAAUUUAAUGUUAUUAACAAAAUAUUGUUUAUAAGAGCGCCAUCGAUGCAAGAACAAGUUAUUAAUUCAUGAAUUUUCUAGACUCAACAAAAAUGUAUUAGACAAUUGCUCAUUCCAGAAUGCGCAAGCGGAAGUGAUCAAAAAAGUCAAUCUGUAUAAGAUGACGGCUCAAAAAAAACUUUGUUAAGACUCGAAGACCAAAAUGCACCUUCUUCAAUAGGAUUUCUGAUGAUAGAUUACAUUAAACAGGAUUCAUAUUCAUAGCCAUAGUUAGAUUAAUAAGAAAAAGAUUUCUAAUAAUAGAGUAAUAAUAAAAAGAAAGGUAAAUAAUUUGCCAUACUUUUAUAAUUAUUUCUAUAGAAAGAAAAAAACAUCACAGCCUCAAAUAUCUAAGUUGCAAGGUUCACAAUCUAGUUGGAUCACUAAAAGAAACCACCUAUAAAUAGAUGGCAGAUUAGCUAGCCUCAGAAAUAAGUAAAUCAAGUUUAUCUGUAAAUAUAAUAAUUAUUUUUUUUAUAUUUUUUAGUCAGAUAGUAAAAAUCUCAAACGUAGAGUUUAUGAUUCCAUUAAUGUAAUGGUUGCCCUAGGAGUACUGGAAAAGCAAAAAAAGAUCAUCAUCAAAGGAUAGAUGUUUCAAUAAAAUCAUAUGACUAGUAAAUAUGUAAGAGAUACUAGAGAUAGAUAUGAAAUUUUAAAAGUAGAUUAAUCGAUAUAUAAUAGUAACAAUAAUUCGAUGAAUUGAAGAGGAAGAAAAUACUAUUUUAAAAAUUGACAGAUUAGGCAAAAAGAAUAAAUGCAUUAAUAGAUCAAAAUAAGUAUCAUAAUACAGCAAUAUCCAUUAUUAGGCCACUCUAAAAAGAUGAAUCAGACUUUUUACAAGGUCAAUAGCCUAAAAUAUAUCAAUUCCCAAUCAUGAUUUUUAAGUUACCAUAAAGCGCAAAAGUACUCUAAUGCAAUAUAUAAUAGCUUAAUAUCAUACCUGUUGAAGGGAAAACUAAAGUCUAAAUAUUAUCAGAUCACGAAAUUAAUAUUGUUGGUGAUUAUGAUAUUUUGCCUUUAAUCAAAAGGGUUGAAGAAGCAAAAGACAAAACUCUUCCUGGACCUAUGUUGAAUUUAUGAUUAACUAAUAACCAAAAUUUUGC